CAGAGAGGAGAACAGCACUGUUUAUUAUUUAACACAAGAAUUUAACAGCUCUCUUCAGUUCUCUUAACAAAAUUAACGUUAGUUUUGUAUACAAUAACUUUACGACAUGAACCAUCACUCAUGGAGAGGGCAUCAUUGUCCCCCUGGAGACAUCAACUGCACUGCAAGUUUUAAGGAGUCACUGGGCAGCAGAAGCUACAAGUUGCUUCAUGUUCCUAUCCAUGGGCCGACCCACAGCCACCACCACGAGCCUCCACACCCGUUCCCCACCGUGGAUGUUCCUGACCAUGCCCACUACAUCAUCGGCUCUGUCAUCUUAAUAGUCGGCAUCACCGGAGUGAUUGGAAACACGCUGGUGAUCUACGUUUUCUGCCGGAGCCGUACACUACGCACCGCAGGAAACAUGUUUGUGGUGAACCUGGCUGUUGCUGAUCUCUUCAUGUCACUCACCCAGUCGCCCGUGUUCUUCGCAGCCAGCCUGCACAGACGCUGGGUGUUCGGUGAGCGCUCUUGUGAGCUCUACGCCUUUUGUGGUGCACUCUUUGGGAUUUGUUCAAUGAUGACUUUGACCACCAUCGCUGCCGAUCGCUGCUUAGCCAUAACUCAGCCUCUCGCCCUCGUGGGCAGAGUUAGCCGAAGCAAGGCAGGCAUGGUGUUGGCCGUCGUGUGGCUCUACUCACUAGGCUGGAGCCUUCCACCAUUUUUUGGCUGGAGUGCUUAUGUUCCAGAGGGUCUUCAGACUUCCUGUUCUUGGGACUAUAUGACCUUUACUCCAUCCGUGCGUGCAUACACCAUCCUCCUUUUCAUUUUUGUGUUCUUCAUCCCACUAGGCAUUAUCGCCAGCUGCUACUUCGGAAUCUUUCAAGCUAUCCGAGCUGCGGGGAAGGAAAUCCGAGAGCUGGAUUGUGGGGAAACGCAUAAGGUGUAUGAACGCAUGCAGAACGAAUGGAAGAUGGCGAAAGUUGCCCUCCUGGUCAUUGUGCUUUUUGUAAUAUCAUGGUCGCCCUACUCCGUGGUUGCCCUUACUGCCACGGCUGGGUAUUCCCAUCUCCUGACGCCCUACAUGAAUUCAGUACCUGCUGUGAUCGCCAAGGCCUCGGCCAUCCAUAAUCCCAUCAUCUACGCAAUUACGCAUCCGAAAUAUCGGGCGGCUAUUGCCCGUUACAUUCCGGUACUACGCUCCAUCCUGCGUGUCAAAGAGAAGGAUCUCCGUUCUUCUUUUAGUUCUGGCAGUGUCAGUUCCCGUCGUCCGACUCUCACCAGUCAGUGCUCUCUGGGGGUCAGCAUCGGCAAUGCUGCGCGAGCGAAUGGCCGCUGGGGGAAGACACGCUUGUCUUCUGCUUCAGAUAGUGAUUCUUGUUGGACUGAGAGUGAGGCUGAUGGUUCCAGCGUCAAUUCAAUGACCUUUGGUCGACGCGUGUCCACCGAGAUCUCUACAGAUACUGCUAUUCUCUCUCCAGGGUCGAGUACUAACAGCUCCAGUGGGCAGAAGCCGGAGAAGACACACAAAGUUGUAAGCGGACCGGUGCCAUCUAUUACUUUUGAAAUGGAUGCAGCCGAAGGCGAGUCUGUGUCUGAUGGGAAGGCUUUGCUCCUUGGGGGGGAACCAAGGGAAUGAUGCAGUGCUUCAGAAAAACUUUGGUAGUAGUAACUUGAGUAGUAGUUGCUUUGACCUAUUGUUUUUACUAUAAAUAUAUAAUCAUAUAUUUCUUUACUCAGCACAUGUUGUGAACAGCCCCUGUCUUGUCAGUUUUGUGAACUGUUAUUCAGGUUAUGUGUGAAUUUAGCAAAUGCAUUUAUUAAUAUAUCCAAAUGCAAUUAUUAAUAUAUUUAAUGUUUUUCUUCAGAAAAUGUAAGCAUUUGUUAAUUUCUUUCUUUUUAUUAAAACCGUAACUAUUUAGAUUUUUUCUGGUUUAAUCUGAUGAUAUUCUGGCGUGGAUUUUAAUAGUUAAGUAAAUGUAUCUAAAUAAUGUUUGGCAUAAUUUUUAUUUAAAUAAAGCAGCAUAAGCAAAUG